GACAGUGUGGCGAAACAUUGUCUUAAAUCAGAAGCAUGAAUUCAUCUUAUCAUGCAUGGUCAUCAGAUUUAUCGGCGAACAAAAGCCAUGACCACAAGUAGCUAGCCUGUGCGCGUAAAGAGGCAGGCGGCCCACCAGUGUGCCCGGAGCUUCCUUUUUAUACCUGUUCCCCCUUCACUCCUCUCCCGCAAGGCCGGGGGGCAAUCUGAGUAGCUCGCACAGCGCCAGUCGGUGAAACGCGCAUUGCCAUCCCAACAACAAAAGUAGAACGCGUGCAAACAAUGAGCUCGUCACCUCAGCUUAUGAAGCGGGUCAAGCCGGUGUACCAGUACGUGGUGAACAACUUCGUCGUCGUGCUCGCCGUGCCGCUGGCCGUCGCUGGUAUCGUCAGCGCCGCGCGCGUCGGGCCCGAUGAGCUGCUGGAACGUGCGCGCGCGCUCAGGCCGGUGCACGUCUUCCUGGCCGCAUUCCUCCCGGCCGCCGUGGCCGUCCUCUACCUCAUGAUGCGGCCACGCUCCGUGUACCUCGUGGACUACGCCUGCUUCCGCACGAAGCCCAGCUGCCGCGUCCCCUUCGGCACGUUCCUGGAGCACGCCAAGCUGGUGACGUACAUUGAAGGGGCCUCCAUCGACGAGCGCAGCAUCCGGUUCAUGACGCGGCUGCUGGAGCGGUCGGGGCUCGGGGAGGAGACCUGCCUUCCCCCCGCGCACCACUACAUCCCGCCGUACCGCAACAUGGAGGCCUCCCGGGAAGAAGUCGAGCUGGUCAUCUUCUCCGCCAUCGACGACCUGCUCGCCAAGACGGGCAUCAGCCCGGACGCCAUCGACAUCCUCGUCGUCAACUGCAGCCUCUUCGCGCCGGUCCCUUCCUUCACGGACAUGAUCAUCCGCAAGUACAAGAUGCGCAGCGACGUCCGCAACGUGCAUCUCUCGGGGAUGGGGUGCAGCGCCGGGCUCAUCUCCGUGGGGCUCGCGCGCAACUUCCUCCAGGUCGCGCCCCGGGGCGCGCACGCGCUGGUCGUGUCCACGGAGACCAUCACGCCCAAUUACUACGUGGGCAAGGAGCGCGCCAUGCUCCUUCCCAACUGCCUCUUCCGCAUGGGCGGGGCCGCGGCGCUGCUGUCCACGUCCCGCGCCAAGGCUCGGUUCCGGCUCUCCCGCGUCGUGCGCACGCUCACUGGCGCGCAGGACGGCGCGUACCGGUGCGUGUUCCAGGAAGAGGACGCAGAAGGACACCGCGGGAUCAACCUCAGCAAGGACCUCAUGACCAUCGCGGGCGACGCGCUCAAGGCCAACAUCACCGCGAUCGGGCCGCUGGUGCUUCCGGCGUCGGAGCAGCUGCUCUUCGCGCUCUCCUUCAUCGCGCGGCGGGUGUUCAGCAACACGCGCGUCAAGCCGUACCUUCCCGACUUCCGCAUGGCGUUCGAGCACUUCUGCAUCCACGCGGGCGGGCGGGCCGUGAUCGACGAGCUGCAGAGCAGCCUGGGGCUGUCGGACGAGCACGUGGAGGCGUCCCGGAUGGCGCUGCACCGGUUCGGCAACACGUCCAGCAGCUCGCUCUGGUACGAGCUGGCCUACAUCGAGGCCAAGGGCCGGAUGCGGAAGGGCGACCGCGUGUGGAUGAUCGGGUUCGGCUCCGGGUUCAAGUGCAACAGCGCGGCGUGGGAGUGCAUCCAGCCCGCGCGCGACGCCCACGGCCCGUGGGCCGAGAGCAUCUGCCGCUAUCCGGUGUACAUCCCGGAGGUGCUCAAGCAUUAAACACCUCUCUCUUCCUGCCAGCCAGCACGCACGCGAUCAGCACCGUAUCGUAUCCGUAGGUAACUAAAUCCGAUCGAUGUAGAUCGACCGGAGCAUGCGUGCCCAUAACGAGGAGGACAUGGACGGCUGGAGACGCGGCUGGGCCGUGCGCUGGGCGCGUUCAAUGCCGGAUCUGUCUGACGCGCACAUGCCCGGAGCGACCCCGUUGCCUGGUGGUUGUGUUUCCGGCACAAGGGUUUAAUUUCCUGUCACUUACACACGUAGUAUAGCCGUGGUCCUCGCUCUUGUACCUUUUUGGUUGUUGUUGUUGUCGCCGCCGCCGCCUCCUCUUCCCUCUAUCUUCUCCUCUAUUCUUCCUUCCCCUUCUCUCUGUUCUAGUAUCUCUUUAUUUUUGUCAUUACGGCUAUUUACUUGAGUCCAUCGAAGAAAAAAGAAGGGAAAUGUAAUAAUACUACGGGUUUGAUAAUUAAUUAAUGUACGACAAAUAAUUUACUCUCUC